AUGUAUUCGUGUGAGGGAAGAGUGGACCUGGCUACUGGUCUCAGACAUUCCUCACCUCUUCAUAACAACCCUGGGCUCAGGAAUAUAGGGAACCCUUUCGUCGACCAUCCGGCAGGACCAGUCACACUGGCAUUAUCAUCUACUGAGGAUGAUGGAGAAGAGCCUUGGUAUAGUAAAGCCUGCAAAUGUGAUUGUCAAGGCAAUUCCAAUUCAUUAUGGUCAUCUGGAGCAACCAACUUAGGCUGUAUGCCAGAAUGCCCAUACCAUAAACCUUUGGGCUUCGAAUCUGGAGUUGUUACUCCAGACCAAAUCAGUUGCUCCAAUCCAGAACAGUACAUAGGAUGGUAUUCUUCAUGGACAGCAAGCAAGGCACGUCUCAAUAGCCAAGGCUAUGGGUGUGCAUGGCUCUCCAAAUAUCAAGACAGCAAUCAGUGGCUACAGAUAGACUUGAAAGAGAUCAAGGUGAUCUCAGGGAUCCUCACACAGGGACGCUGUGAUGCUGAUGAGUGGAUGACUAAAUACAGUGUACAGUACCGGAUUGAUGAGGGCUCAAACUGGGUUUAUUACAAAGACCAGACUGGCAACAAUCGAGUGUUCUACGGAAACUCAGACAGAACAUCCUCUGUCCAGAAUCUCUUAAGGCCUCCUAUUAUUUCCCGUUACAUCCGUUUAAUUCCCUUGGGCUGGCAUGUACGGAUCGCCAUCAGGAUGGAGCUGUUGGAGUGCAUGAGUAAAUGUGUUUAG